UAUUGCGGGACGCUAUAUUACUAGGUGAGAACCCUUGAGAUGCUGAUAGGGAUUAUCUAGGAGAUACUGCCCGACGCCUACUCGUAGGUGUCACCGUAGCACUUGGGCAUCAAUACACCAUCUUGAUUUUAGAUUUUUGACUCGUCAAACAGAAGAAGAGAAAGAGAAAGAGGACACGAAAUGUCAUCAUCGCCUUCAGCUUCUCAGCCCCAGCACCAGCACCAGCGCCAGCAGAACACGACAGAAAAUGCGGAACUUUCGUUUCUCCGCCGCGAGAACCGCGUGUUGAGAACUCAGCUCGAAACACUUCGUACUCGACUUGAUGCGGGGAUCGUCGAGAAUAAUCCUUCCGUUUUGUCCGUUGUAUCUGCCGGUAUAGCCGCUGCCACUGCCGAGGAUGGCGCAGGGUCUAAAACAAUCUCCACUGUUACUGGUCAAUAUACCGCCCAGGCGGCCCGCCGGGGUGCUGGAACAGACUGUGGAGCUGGCACCGGAACUCCAGGAAUACCCAUCAAAAACAACAACAGCAACAGCAACACCACCGCCUCAGAGGGUCCUGUCAAGGUGACGUAUUUCUGCGAAGCAUGCGUGAAUAAACUCGCCACGGAUCCGUCGACUCAAUGCACGCGCCGAGCGGGGUCGACGUUGUGUGAUAAUUGUCGCGGUGGAAGACGGUCUUGUAUUCCUGUAAGCUCCCUUCCAUUCCAGUUUCUACAUCUUUUUUCUAGAUUUUAUCUUACUUUAUCUUGUUUAUUUCAUCUCGAUCUCUCGUCCCUUUGUCUCCCAUCUCUCUGUCUUAGAUGACGGAAAACAAGAAAACAAGGGAAAAAAGAAGAAGA